AUGAAAGCCAUUAUUCAACCCGACAAGACUUCUCAUGCGCUGAUCCUUACCCAGAAGCCAAUUCCGAUACCUGCUCAUCCUCAAGAUGUUCUCGUCAGAGUCCAUGCAACCACACCCUGCAAAGGCGAGCUGGACUGGGCACUAUAUGCCCCUGAAUACAUACUACCUAGCAAGAUUCCCAUCCCGGGGCAGGAUCUUGCUGGGAGUGUACUUUCAGUUCCAGAGGGCAGCAAAUUUAAAAUCGGAGACUCCGUAUAUGCACGAAUUGAGGCCAAUCGUCCCGGCGCUGGUGCAGAGUAUGCACUCCCACGGGAAAGCGAACUCGCCCUCAAGCCUAAGAACCUCAGUUGGAUUGAGACUGCAGCCACUCCACUAAGUUCAUUGACGGCAUACCAGGCUCUCUUUACACAAGGAAAUAUUUGUGUGGCCGCCCUGACAGGAGACCAGAUCGCAAAAAACACCAAUGCUAAUCUUCGUGUCCUCAUUACCUCUGCGUCCAGCAGUGUAGGUAGCUGGGCCAUCCAGCUCGCUCGAGAGGCAGGCGUCGGAGGCAUCAUCGGUGUUACCUCUACUAAGAAUAUCGGCUUUGUUCGUAGCCUAGGCGCUACUGAGAUAAUCGAUUACACGGAUCAAGAUAUUUCGGACUGGGUAGCUUAUGAUCAAUCAAGAGAGGUAGAUUUGAUCAUCGACACGAUUGGAGGCCCGUCACUCGCGUAUUCAUGGCACGCUAUAAGAGAGGGAGGUAAUAUUAUUAGUGUUUGCAGUUUCCCAGAGCAGAGUCGCCCCGACGGAGUUACUAAGAAAGCCAACAGCUCAUUCUACCUGGUUAAUCCUAAGGGCACUGAUCUCGAUUCGAUCACACACCUGAUUGAAGCGGACAGAGUCAAACCCAUUGUUGACAGUGUGGUUGAAUUUGACGAUUUUGCAAAGGCUUGGGAGAAGGUUGAGGCAGGCCACACAAGAGGCAAAGUGGUGGUCAAGAUCUCUGGAGAAAUGUAAGCGGAUGGAUAGUAGGAGUCUGUUCCUAGCUAGGCACCUGUGUGUUUGUAAAAG